AUGAUAUGCUGUGAGAUGCUAUGCUACGCUAUGCUACGCUAUGCUAUGCUAUCGCCGCCGACCGCAUCCCGCUAUCUUAUCUGUUCUAUCUGUCUAUCUAUCUAUCUGUCCAUCUCUGGCCGUGACUGUACGCGUCCUCUUCUCCAUGGAUGCUGCCCACCCGUCCAUCUGUCCAUGACUCUUUUCCGACUACAAGGUACCUCUGUGGUUUGCAUCACCACCCCAGCAACUACUGCUACCGCUUGAGCUACUGGAACCUCGUCUCGCGUCCCCGAAAUGCCUUCUUCAACGUCAACUUCCCACACUCCGUCCUC